AUGUCCAACUCCACAUUCCUCAUGACCAUGCUUAUGGUCUGCACCGUAGCGAUCAUGGUCAUUCCAAUGGCUCACAGCACUCUGUUGUCCUGUACAGGAAACUACCUCAUGGAUCAAAACACUGCUACUCCUUAUGCGUGUACUCAUCGUGCUGACUCUGCCCAUGUGUUUGAGAUGAGGUCGAACGGACAAUUGUUCUUUGAGGGCACGAUGGAAGAAUUGGGAUGGUACAAUUUCGCCAGUAAUGACAAGAUCUACAUGAUCUAUUGGCUCAAUUUGACAGAGACGAAUCCAUUGAAGAGAACCAACACUGUCAAUGAUAUUAUGCAAAAUACUGGAGGUGUCAUUAUUAGUUUCACUCUUCCAGCAACGUUGGGAAGAAGUUUUCACAGUUUUUUCAGACAACAAUCCACAAGAGCUCUUGAAACUCGUCCAUUGGAUACUUCUGUAAUCCCAGUAUCAACCACCCAAACAGAAGCUUCUCAACGAGAGUUAAAGAUGUCGUUGGCACCUCGUCGUGUAUUCAACCUUCCUCCUAAAUAUAGAGAAAACUCUCAAAAGACAUGGGUAGUGACUGCCUCGACUCCUGAUCAAUUCAAAUUGAGAUGUGAAGAUCCUAGUGACAACAGAACUGCCGUCGUGUACUAUUCGUUCAAUACUCGAUUGGACAAGUAUUUGAGCUUUUUGAGUUUCUUUGAUCCAACUGGAGUGACAAAAAUUGACAUGUUGGAUGCCACUGGCGAUGAUAUGAAUACUUUGCAUUUGGCAAACGGAGAUGUGUUCCAAGCAUGUUUUAGUUGUUAA